GCUGCUCAAACUACUCUCCUUCAGACACAGAGAAACCAGAUCCAAGCCAGACAGUGUGGACAUGUUAAUCGAUUUAGAACUAAACCAGCUCAGACAGUAACCCUACAUAGAAUGGUAUUGGAGGAAAACCAGUCUACAAACAUGGACCAGUUUAUUUUAAUGUAGCCUAAUGAAACCAGAAGUUCUGACUUCAGUCACAUCUACCAGUCGUCGUGAGCUGAAAGCCACAAGGUGUUCUAGACUACCUAGCUAACCCAGGAGGCUGCUGGAUGACUGGUCACCAUGUCUCCCUUCUUACGCAUAACCUUUAAUGCGUUUGAUGUGGGCGUCUUGCCACCCCUGACUGACGCUCCCUUCUGUGCAAUUAAGAUGAAGGAGUCCCUCAGCACUGAGCGGGGGAAGACCCUAGUCCAGAGGAAACCCACUAUGUACCCUGCCUGGAAGUCCACUUUCGAUGCCCACAUCUACGAGGGCCGUGUCCUCCAAGUGGUUCUGAUGAAGACCGCAGAGGAGCCAUUGGCCGAGGCCACGGUGGGCGUGUCCGUGCUGGCUGAGCGCUGUAAGAAGGGCAACGGCUGUGCUGAAUUCUGGGUAGACCUGCAGCCUUCUGGGAAGGUUCAGAUGGUCGUACAGUUCUUUGUGGAGGACACAGACACAGCAGCGUUUAAGUCGAACGUGAAGGGGCGUGAAGAGGAGGACGGGGCGAUGACACUGACCCGAAGGAGAGGAGCCAUGAAACAGGCCAAGGUCCACUUCAUCAAGAACCAUGAGUUCACAGCCACCUUCUUUGGACAGCCCACCUUCUGCUCUGUCUGCCGGGAGUUUGUCUGGGGAUUCAACAAGCAAGGCUACAAGUGCAGACAAUGCAACGCCGCCAUCCACAAGAAAUGUAUUGACAAAAUCAUCGGGAGGUGCACAGGAACAGCAGCCAACAGCAGAGACACUAUGUUCCAGAAGGAGCGCUUUAAGAUCGACAUGCCACAUCGCUUCAAGAUCCACAACUACAUGAGCCCUACCUUCUGUGACCACUGUGGCAGUAUGCUCUGGGGAAUGGUCAAGCAGGGCCUCAAGUGUGAAGACUGUGGCAUGAACUCCCAUCACAAAUGUGAGAAGAAAGUGGGAAAUCUCUGUGGAAUCAACCAGAAACUCCUGGCUGAGGCCCUCAACCAAGUUAGCCAAAAAUCCACAAGACGGUCUGAAUCCAACAACUCUGAGUCAACGGACAUUGGAAUCUACCAGGACUUCAACAAAAGCCCAGGAGUGGGCCCUAGUGAAGGCUAUGAGAAGCUGUGGGAGGGAGGUAAGGGCCCUGCCCCAGCCAGCAUCACCCCCAAGACCCACCUCACCAUUGACAGCUUUGUGUUCCACAAGGUGCUGGGCAAGGGCAGCUUUGGCAAGGUCCUGCUGGCUGAGCUGAAGGGGCGAGGGCAGUACUUUGCUGUGAAGGCCCUGAAGAAAGAUGUGGUUCUGAUGGAUGAUGAUGUGGAGUGUACCAUGGUGGAGAAGAGAGUCCUGGCCCUGGCCUGGGACAACCCCUUCCUCACACACCUCUACUCCACCUUCCAGACCAGGGAACACCUGUUUUUCGUGAUGGAGUACCUGAAUGGAGGAGACCUGAUGUUCCACAUACAGGAUAAGGGUCGCUUUGACCUCUACAGAGCCACGUUCUACUCUGCAGAGAUCAUAAUUGGACUGCAGUUCCUCCACUCCAAAGGAAUAAUUUACAGGGACCUGAAGCUGGACAAUGUGAUGCUGAACAGAGACGGCCACAUUAAGAUCGCUGACUUUGGGAUGUGCAAGGAGAACGUGUUUGGAGAGAAUCGGGCCACCACUUUCUGUGGGACGCCGGACUACAUCGCACCAGAGAUCCUGCUGGGACAGAAGUACACCUUCUCCGUGGACUGGUGGUCGUUUGGGGUACUGGUGUAUGAGAUGCUGAUUGGCCAGUCGCCGUUCCAGGGUGAUGACGAGGAUGAGCUGUUUGAGUCCAUCAGGAUGGACGUGCCUCACUACCCUCGCUGGAUCACCAAGGAGGCUAAGGACCUGUUGGAGAAGCUGUUUGAAAGAGACCCCAGUCGCAGGCUAGGUGUGGUGGACAACAUUCGUGGCCACUCCUUCUUCAAGACCCUCAACUGGCCUGCCCUGGAGAAGAGAGAGGUGGACCCCCCCUUCAAACCUAAAGUGAAAGGCCCCAAUGACUGCAACAACUUUGACCGGGAGUUCCUGAGUGAGAAGCCCCGCCUCUCCCACACGGACAAGAACCUAAUCGACUCUAUGGACCAGACAGCCUUUGCAGGCUUCUCUUUCAUCAACCUCAAGAUGGAAUGCAUUAUGGACAAAUGAAGGCACAACAAGAUUCCCCCAUCUCUUCGUUCCAACCGCACCAUUAUAAACGCAUAGGAAAGGGAGGAGGAGGGGGAAACCAGUGUUGCAUUUAUCUCUGUGGUGGUUCCUUCAAUAAUGGUGUCUUUAUUUUCCUUGGGAUCAAACCUUGAAUCAAUCCAUGUACUGUACUUUAUCCCCCAACAUACAUCGACACACUCAUUCACACACACCCCAUAGCUCAGACAGUUGUUUAGUAUUGUCCAUGCUGGGAUGUCAGGGGUCAAAUGUGGCUCUCUCACACACCCGUGUGCUCUGUAUGUCACUCUUUCCCAUCCCAUCAUUCACAUAAUUGUUUUGUGUGUGUGUUUUUACUGUCCUUGUGGGUACCAGAAGUCCCUACAAGGAUAGUAAAACAAGGAUAAUUCAGACAAGUGAGGACAUUUUGCUGGUCUUCACAAGGAAAAAUGCUAUUUUAGGCAUAGGGGUUAGGGUUAGAAUUAAGGUUGGGGCUAGGGGUUACGGUUAGGAGUUAGGGUUAGGUAUAGUUUGGGGUUAAGGUUAGAUUUAGGGGUUAGGGAAAAUAGGAUUUUGGAUGGGAAUCAAGUUUUUGGCCCCCACAAGGAUAGCAAUAUAAAAGUGUGGGUGUGUGUGUUGGAGCACUCACUUACUGUGCAUAAAUGCAUGCAUGAAUGAAUAUGUCUGAGUGACAGCAUGAAUCUCGAGUAUAUUUUAAAUGUUUUAUAAUGAAAAGAACGUUUAUACUUUUUCAGGUGCGAAUUCCGUACCCUAUGGAAGGUAAAAUUAAUUCAAUUGAAAGGGUGAUAAAAAACAAAUUAUAGAACACCCAAGUUACAGGACCAGUAGAGGAUGCACAGAUUUAUACAGGCAUGGAUAGUCUCUCACCUUUGUCUGCCCAUCCACAUGAUAUAAAAUAAGGAUUUGUAAAUGGUACUGCAGCUUCCCCACUCUCCGGAACAAACCAGAGCUACUCUGAACAAACCACAGCUACUCUGAUUCAGAUCUGCGUUACAGUAGUGUGAAAUGGAGUGGGACAUCAUACUGGAGGGAGUCAAUGUAAUGGUACUCUGCAGUCAUUCGUCUUGAAGGUUAUGGGUGGGUGUUGGGGGGGAUUCCUUUAGCAAAAGGAUGGAUAAAUUGGGUCUUGUGUUACUUGAAUGUAGGUAUUUUAAAAAGCAAAUAAUAAUAAUAAUAUGCUGUACGUUAAA